GUGAGCGCUGCUGGGGAGGACUGCGAGGCCUCGCCGCCCAGCUCCGGGCUCUAGGGGGCACCGCGCAGCCCCCCCUUGCCUGGACAAUGCCGAUCCUGAAGCAGCUCGUCUCCAACACAGCCCACUCCAAGCGGCGCUCGCGGGCCGACCUGACGGCCGAGAUGAUCAGCGCCCCGCUGGGCGACUUCCGCCACACCAUGCACGUGGGCCGCGCGGGGGACGCUUUCGGGGACACCUCCUUCCUCAACAGCAAGGCCGGCGAGCCGGAGCCCCCCGCGGAGUCGGGCUCCUCCAAGCCCGGCUUGUUCCGCCCGCAGCCGGUCACCCGCGGCGACCGGCGGGACAUGCUGGGCUCCCUGAGGGACUCGGCCAUCUUCGUGAAGAACGCCGUCUCCCUGCCUCAGCUCAACGAGAAGGAGGCGGACAAAAGCGCCGGGAAGCUGCCCAAGAGCCUCUCCUCCAGCCCCGUGAAGAAAGCCCCGGAGGAGGCGGCGGCCCCGGAGCAGACGCUGCGUGCCAACGGUGCCGCCGCCCGGCCCCAGAGCCCCAGCCUGGACGAGCGCGAUUUCGGGGACCUCACGGAGCUGCCCGUCGUGGUGCCGAAGAGCAGCUAUGGCAUGAAACAUGCCGAGUCCAUCAUGUCCUUCCACAUCGACCUGGGGCCCUCCAUGCUGGGGGAUGUGCUGAGCAUCAUGGACAAAGACGAGUGGGACCAGCAGGAAGACUUGGGUGCCAUGGUAACGGAGGAGCCCUGGAGGGAUGGAGGCCCGACCCGGGUACCCGCAGCCCACCAGCUCAUCCGGGAAGGGAAUCCGGAUUCCCUACGCACAGGAACGCCACCCAAGAAACGCCACCCGUCUCCCGCAAGACAGAGCUACGGGGUCCCUGCAGAUGCCGGGCACGGCCCUCCCAAGCGGCCCGACAAGGAGUUCUCCUUCGCGGAUGAGGAGGACGACGAGAUCCGAGUGUAGCAAGGCGAGACUGGUGUUCGUUUGCGGUAGCUUGGGCACACGAAGGAAUAACCGGCAACUGACUGUGUCAGAAGAAAUAGCACCGGGAAAUACUUAACUCCUAACUCCUCUUCCUUUCCCCACAGACUGCAGACAGAGUCCCGUCUGCUCCUCGGCUGUCCCUCUGGGGACUGUGAAUGAACCUGUGGAACAGGAAGAUGAUAAAUGUUAAAGGGUUUUUCUGAGGUUGUUGCGGGAGAGGGAGGAACUUGGGUUUAAAGUCCGAGGAUUACGUGUCACAGCCUCUCCCUGUACGGCUCUACGAGCCAGGGGAGAACAGCAGUCGGGAGCUGGCCCGAGGCUGCUCGCCACGCGGGAGACGGUUACUUUCCCCGAAGAAAACUCCAGCGCUUCCAGCCAGGGGGAAAUUUACUAUCGUUUCCAUUGGACUUUGGCUACAACCGCGAUUGCCUGCCCACAUCAAGCGAUAUAGAGUUGAACUACAAGGAACAGGCUUCCAGCUCGAGGGCCCUUUGGCAUCUCUAGUCUCCCCCCUGUGUUUUUAUUGGGCUCUGAUUUGUACUCGGCCCGCUUUGUCACUGCGGAGGAGGGGACGUUCCAGUCGGACGGAGCGUGGCUCCGGAGUGGAGAAUUCUGCAUAUUGUGGAGCGGAGCGGGAUCGGAAAGCCAGCCGGUGCCAAGCCGGCAGACGCGUUAGGUUGCCGGCGUGUCUCUGGGGAGGGCAGUAGAAGGGUUUUAAAAAAAUGUUUGUAUCUAAUUUCCAUUUUGUGUGUGUGUCCUGCUGCAGUGUCUUAAGGCCCACGGGCUCCCUGGAGCCUGUCCUAGCUGGUCCUAUGUAUUGGACCCCGACCUCAUCCCAGAUGGGCUGCUCUGGGAAAAUCCCUCUUCUGGGAUGCUGCAGCAGGGACAUCUGCCAUCCCAUCCUCUCCCCACC